AUGUUAAACGACCUCCGCAGGCUCGUCUUCGCCCUCCUGGUGACGUCUAUGACGAUCCAACUCCAGGCACUUCAGCUGCAGGAGUUGAAUAAAAAUCCCGGAAUCCUGCCUAUAAGAAACGGUGUUGCCGUUAUUAGCAGAGAUAAAUGGAUAAUCGCAAAGGUACUGGACUUCACGCCUAUUAAAGAAGAUCUGGUUUCUAACAUUGACCGUCUAGCGGAAUUAGAUAAGUUACUUAAAUUUAAGUUUGAAAAGAAUUUCACUGAUAAUUUUAUAGAUAUUAAGAAACAAGUAGAUUAUAUAAAGAAUUUAGCAUUUAACAAAUUUGAACAAAUUUUCCCAUCUAUCAGAGUCAAACGCGGUUUGAUAAAUCCUUUAGGAUCACUAGUUAAACUCAUCACUGGAAACCUUGAUCACAACGACGCCCUGAAAUAUGAAAAAUUAAUAAAGGAAGUAAAAACAAAACAGAAUUCAAAUGAUGCAAAACUGACGUUGAUCACUGAAACUGUACAAGCCUCUAACUCUACAUUGAAAUUAAAUAAUAAUAUCGUCAAAUUAAAUAAAGAAAUUGCAGACACAGUUAAAAAUAUUAGUAGAGGACUGAAAAGAGAACAUUUUGAAAUUCAAAUUAUAAGUACAUAUAAUCUACUAUUCCACAAUUUCCAAAUAAUAUAUGCCAAAGUAAAUGAAAUAGAAACUAGUUUUGCACUAAGUAAGUUAGGUAUAUUACAUCAGUCUAUAAUAGAGUCUGACAAACUCAUAAGUAUCUUAGAAAAAAUAAGUAGGAUAGAAAAGUUAGUAUAUACACCUAGCGUAGCCAAUUUAGUUAAGAUAGAGCAGACUAUUAAUAUCAAAGCUUAUUUUAAAGACAAUAAAAUCACUUACCUUCUGGAAAUACCUCUAAUAGAGGGGGACACAUAUAUCUAUUAUAAACUAAUUCCCUUACCUGUUCUAUCCCAUGAAUCCACCGUCAUCAUCAUACCUAAAUACCCGUACCUCUUAGUGAAAGGAUCGAAGAUCAGACUGCUCAACCAGCCCUGUCAAGAAAUCGAAGAGUCCAGUUUUGUUUGCACCAAUGAUGAAAAGCUUCAGUUUGUUCAGGACCACUGCAUCAAUGACUUGAUAACUUAUGUAGAAAAUGUAACAUCAUGUACCCAGAUCCCAGUUAGCAUAGAGAAGGUCAAAAUCCAGCUUUUACAGCCCAACAGAUGGAUUCUCUAUAGUAAAAAUGAAGAACUACUUACCAGCAACUGCAUCGAUGAAACAUCUCAUCACAAGGUUCAUGGAACCUAUAUACUCACCCUGGACGAAUCCUGUGAGGUACAGAUACAAGACAUAAUCCUGAAAAUGCAUCAGAUAAAUAAAGAAGAUAUAAAAUAUGAAAAGCUACCGAUAAUGAACUUACCUUCAGUAUACCUCCCCGAUCAAACCGCAUCUUCAAAACCCCUAGACCUGGAAGGAAUCGACCUGGAAGAGUUGAAACUUCUGUCUCUCGCGCUCAAGAAAAGUGUCAGUGGAAAAGAUGAAUGUGAACGGGCAGUUAUAGUGGUGAAAAGUGUAAGCGUCUGGACACUGAUAGUCUAUAUCUUAGUUAUAGUAUUACUCUGUAUUAUAGUUUAUAAGUACCGCUUGAAAUAUUUUAAAUUCUGUAUCCGAAGUUCUCCCCAAGAAGAGAACCUCGAUCUCAAGGAGGGAGGAGUUACGCUUGGCGACUCAACCAUUGCUCCAAGUCAGCAAAACAUAUUUUAA